AUGAACCGGACAGCUGAACUUAUGCCUAACUUCCGACGGAUGAAUAGGACGGAAAUUACUGGGGAUAGGACCAGACAUGUUCUAACCUUUAAUCCCAAUUCUGCCAAACCUGGAGAAGAAAUUUACGUUAAUAUCCCAAAGCUAAAAGCCGACUCCGUUCUUGUACCGGAUAAUAUGGCUUUAGUUUUCGACUUUAAGAACAGUAAUACAAAAUCCUGGUUCAGGAAUAACCUAGGGAAACUGCUCCAAAAGGGACUGGAAAUCCGACUCACAGGAGAAAAGGUCUACGACAACAGCGGGGAAAGCCUACUGGAAGUUUACAAGGACCUAUGGCUACACAACAAGCAACGUGAUGAUAUGGUAGAGGAUGCCAUUGCCAGCGAAGCCACAAGGAAGAAAAUAUCCAAAGACAACGCCGCAAACGAUGAUGCAGAGGCUAUUGUUCGGUGUAUUCGGAACGAAACAAAAAAUCAGGAUCAACAAGAUCCUCAAAGACCACAGACUUUAUGCCCCACACAACAUGGCAAACGACCUACAAUAUGUGAUCACCCUACCCACAGCGGCAGAAAUCAUGAACGCCCAAGGCAGAGAAAAUGUGGAAGGAUACACCCUGGAGAACAUCGAACUGGAAUACGAGUCCAUCGACAACAUCGAUCUCGCAAGGAAAUCCGAGGGUCUGUACGGAUCCGAACGCGAGCUUAUCCUUCGAACAUGCUACCCUAA